UUUUUUUGAUCCCAGACCCGUUCCCUCACCCGAGCCUUCGGCGUCCGCGACAUGGCGCUCAGCUCCGGCGGUUGGGCUCCCCCGACCCCGGUCCCCUCUGCCUCGUCCCAGCAGGCUGCGUGCGGCGGCGCCCCGACGCCGUGCUGCGGCACCGUGCUGAUGUCGGUCCGGGUGUCGGUGUGCCACUCCGGGAUCCGGCCCCUGUGCCUCCCCGGGGCCGGCGGCGAGGCUCUGCGCCUGCAGCUCGGCAUGGACCCGAGCCGCGCCGGAGAGUUCCGACUGGCGCUGCGAGACACGAGCGGGAACCGCAGCGUGUUCAUCGCGGAGUUCGACCUGCGCUCGGUGCAGUACGAGGUCAAGUCCCCUCGCUGCCACGAGAUGCGCCUCGCCGCUCCGCCCCACGACUGCAUCCGCUUCAACUUCCGCUGCGACCGCGAAGCCGAGGAGUGGGCCACGGUGGUGAUGUCAUCGCUGAGGGAGGCACACAGAGUCGCCAACAUGAACACGUGUGAACCGGACGCCGCGCGCGACGAACCGGCGCCUCCGGAGCCGUGGAGCUCCGCCUCCCUGCCGCUCACCGAGGAGCUGUGCUUGGAGCUCGCCAGGGCGAUCGAGGCCGGCGACGCCCGGGCCGCCUCGCAGCACGCCGGCGCUCUGGCUCGCCACAGACCGGCGCUGACCAUCCAGCCGUCCGAGAAGAACUACGCGGAGGGAGCCCUCAGCUUGUCCGUGGUCGUGGAGGACGUUUCGUCGUCCUGUUGCGUCACCGUCAAGGUCUUUCCCUUCAUGACCGUGGCUGCGCUCAAGCAACAGGUGUUCCUCGAGUACGGUUUCCAUCCCCGCGUGCAGCGCUGGGUGAUCGGCCAGUGCCUGUGCACCGAGCCGAGGUCGCUGGCCUCCUACGGCGUGCAGAAGGACGGCGACACGGCGUACCUGUACCUGAUCUCCGCCCGGCAGGCGCGCGUCACCCGCCAGCUGUUCCAGCAGGACCUGGAGAGCGCCCUGCUGGCCCCGCCGCUCCCGCCGGGCAACGGCCCCACCUCCCAGGACUGGAGGGGCUACAGCACCCUGCCCUCGAGGCUCGCCAACAACAACCAGGGUGGUGGAAGCGACAAAGUAGGAGACAUAAAAGAUGUCCUCCAUAUUGAGAAUCUGCAGCUGAAUGAUCACAACAAUAAAGCCAGUAAAACACAGCAGACGGAGUGGGCGUGUCCCUCGUGCACUUUCAUCAACAAGCCGUCACGCCCGGGCUGCGAAAUCUGUGCGACAGACAGACCCGAGCCGCACAUCCAGCAGGAGAGAGGAAGGCGAGAGGAUCGAGGAGAGGCCGCUUCGAGCAGCAGCAGCUGACUGCCCAUCAUCGCCGCCAUGUCUCACACACACACACACACACAGUGUGGAGGUUGAAGAAGAAGCUUCCAUAAGGACUGUCGGGUGCACUGAGAGUCCUUCGAACCGGGAGGCUUCAGCUUGGACACGACACACACACCCACACACACGAAUUUGCCCGGACCUCUUUAUUUUACAGGGUGUUUUGUGUGCAAAAAUCCCAGAUGGCCUAAUAUUUAUUUUAGGUGAAAGAGAUUAAGUUGAGGGAAACUUUUUUUUUUCUUCUGUCAACUAUGAAAUUAGGAGGGAAGGUGAAGCAUUGUGCAAUACCCUGCUGUGUUUGUGUCAUCCGCCAAAAGCCUGGUGGUUUUAAAAGGAGAAUGUGUUGCGUUUACAGGGCUGUCAAGUGCGUUUAUUUUUUUAUAACAUUGUGUUAAGUGUAUUAACAGUCGCUUUAGUUUUAUUCAAUUUCCUGUGACAGCAAAGGAAUGACCUGUUUUCAGUAAUGCUGUAAAAGCUUUCAUCAGCCGAAUAAACGUAAUGAAAAACCAAUGUCUAUUAAAAUGCAUUAAUUCAU